AUGGUAUUUGAAGACAUCACCAUGGACUUCAUUACUUGUUUGCUGGGAUCCAAAGGGAAGGCAACAAUUAUGACAGUAAGUGAUCGCUUUUCAAAGUAUGACCACUUCAUUCCUCUUGCUGCUAUAUUUACCGCUCAAACCAUUGCUGAAGCUUUUGGUACUUCCUUGGCCAUGAGCAUUGCCUAUCAUCCUCAAAUGGACGGGCAAUUGGAAGCCUUAAACAAAUGUGUCGAACAAUAUUUGCAUUGUUUUGUUGAUGAUAGCCCACAUGCUUGGGUUUCUAUGCUUCCAUGGGUAGAAUAUUGGUACAACACUGCUUAUCAAACUUCAGCAAGAAUGACACUAUUUCAGGCUUUGUAUGGAUGGGGGCCUCCUUCAAUAGCAUGCUAUAUUCUGGGCAGCACAACUGAAGACUUGAUUGAGAAAUAUAUGCUUAGGCAAGAUGACGUGGGUGAAUGGGUAUAUGUUAAGCUACAACCCUACCGCCAACACUCAUUGAGAAACCAGACUCAUCACAAGUUGGGUAGGAAGUAUUUUGGCCCUUACAAGCAAUGUACUGGAAAUCCAAACCAAAAAAUCAUGCCACUGGAAUUGACUGAUUCAGACUUUGGGAAUCCUCAGAAACUUGAGGACAAGGUUCUCAUUUUAGGGGGGAGUAUUGUUGCAAAUGGAUCGGAGCAAGCUAAAGAGAAUGGAUUAGAACGGUCUGAAGAAAACAAAGACUCUACAGUCCCAAGUAGUGCAAUUGGUCCAAGCAAUGAGAUAGGUGAGCUAUGUAGACGUGUUCGGCAAAAAUAA